GUGCUGCUCCAUCUUGCUUUGCAGGAAGGCAGCGAGCGCUCUCUCCAGUGGGCUCCAGAUGGAGCCCACCGGGGAGAGCGCUCGCUGCCUUCCUGCAAGAUGUUUGGAAGUGCUGCCAUGCUUGCCCAGGGUCCAGGUGUAUUAGAGCAUUGGCCACCUGAACUUUGGUCCCUGCCCUCAGGGUUGCCCCAACUUGGAUUCCCAUGGAGGUUUUGCCCCGGGAUACUCAAACCAUGCCCUGCUCUUUGGGUCCUGCAUCUCUCCCAACCGGAGGGUCCUGGCCCUGGGGACCACCGUGUCCUGGGAAGGGGACAGGAACACAGUGGGGACCCCUCUAUGCCCUGUAGUUGGGGAUGUCGGGCCGUGCUGGGUGCCAACGGCUCUGAGGAAGGACAGGCUGUGCCGGAGGGUGGGAAUGGGGGUCUCAGCCCCAAGCGGGGGGUACUGUAGGGUGCUCCCAGCCCUGCCGGUCCCGUCACUGCCUUCCCCCCGCCUUCCCCGCCCUGCCCCAGCGGGAGCGGCGUGACCUUAAUCCGAGGCGACCUUGAGAGGCGGCGGCUGUGGGGCGUGCGGGGGCCGGGGGCGUCCCGCGGGGGCGGGGGGCCGGGGGCGGGCUCCCCGCCCCGCCGCUGCCGAGGGGCGGGCAGCCGGGGUAGCCCCGGCCCCGUGCGGCCGCAGGCGGUGGAGCACCGGCGGAGCGGAACGGCACGGCACGGCACGGCGCCGGCGAGCGGCUCCGCACUCCCGGGUUGUGCUGCUCCAUCCCGGAGCCCCUUGUCCGACCCCCCCCACCCCCCGAGCCCCUCUGACCCCGUCAGCUGCUGGCUGGUCCCCCCUGCGUGGGUCAGGCUCCAUCUCUGGGGGCUGCAGCGUGUCCUGGGUGGCUGCCAGUGUGGAGGAGGCAGAGCCAUGGCAUCGCUGCUGUGCAACGCCCGCAUCCAGCUCACAGACACGCUGGAGCAGAUGCAGCAAGGGACGCUGAUGCGCAAAGUCAAGUCCAAGAGCUGGAAGAAGCAGCGUUACUUCAAGCUGCAGGAUGACUGCAUGACCAUCUGGUACCAGUCCAAGAGGACAGGCAAAACUGAGUCUGCUUUCUCCAUCAGCGAUGUGGAGACGGUGCGGGAAGGGCACCAGUCGGAGGUGCUGCAGAGCCUGGCUGACGAGUUUCCCCCCGAGCGCUGCUUCACCAUUGUCUUCUAUGGCCGCCGGGGCAACCUGGACCUCAUUGCCGGCUCGGCAGAGGAGGCGCAGUGCUGGGUCCAGGGCCUGCGCCAGCUCAUUGAAGUGGCCACCAGCAUGGACCAAAGGGAGAAGAUAGACCAGUGGAUUCGUGACUGGUUCCAGAAAGCCGACAAGAAUAAGGAUGGGCGCAUGAACUUCAAGGAGGUGCAGCGUCUCCUCAAGAUGAUGAACGUCGACAUGAAUGAGGAUCAUGCCCUGCGGCUCUUCCAGGCUGCUGACAAGUCAGAGUCAGGGACGCUGGAAGGGGAGGAGUUUGUGCUCUUCUACAAGACCCUUACACAGCGUGAGGAGGUGCUGAGCCUCUUCCAGGACUUCUCCGAGGAUGGGAAGAAGCUGACACUGCUGGAGCUGGUGGAUUUCCUGCGGCAAGAGCAGCUGGAGGACGAGGGCACAGAGGAGCUGGCCAUGGAGCUCAUCGACAAGUACGAACCAUCAGAGACAGCCCGGGCUCGCCAUGCACUGAGUGCCGACGGGUUCCUCAUGUACCUCUGCUCCCCGGAGGGCUCCAUCUUCAACCCCCGGCACCGGGCGCUGUGGCAGGACAUGAGCCAGCCGCUCUGCCACUACUUCAUCUCCUCCUCCCACAACACCUACUUGAUAGAGGACCAGAUCCGGGGCCAGAGCAGCAUCGAGGGCUACAUCAGGGCUCUGAAACGGGGCUGCCGGUGCCUGGAGGUGGAUUGCUGGGACGGGCCGAACGGGGAGCCCAUGGUGUACCACGGCCACACCUUCACUUCCAAAAUCCCCUUCCGGGAGGUGGUGAGCACCCUGGGGAAGUACGCCUUCAAGACCUCAGACUACCCGGUAAUCCUGUCCCUGGAGAACCAUUGCAGCAUGGAGCAGCAGGAGGUCCUGGCCCAGCAGCUCAAGGACAUCCUGGGGGAACAGCUCCUCACCGCCACCACCGAUGGGCGCGUCCCCACCCAGCUCCCGUCCCCGGAGGAGCUGAAGCACAAGAUCCUACUGAAGGGGAAGAAGAUCGGGCGGCUGGAGGACAUGCUGGAUGGGCCGGGGGAUGAGGCGCCCGAUGUGUCCGAUGAUGACAACGGGGCAGAGGCAGAGGAGGAGAGGCGGAGGGUGAAGAAGGACAAGGAGAACCUGGCGCAGGCAUUGUCUGACUGCAUCAUCUACUGCAAGAGCGUGUCCUUCCGGGGCUUCCAGGAGGCCCGCAGCCAUUCCCGGCCCUCCGAGAUCUCUUCUUUUGCUGAGGCCAAGGCCAGGAAGCUCAUCCGGGACACGGGGAAUGAGUUUGUUCGCCACAAUGCCUGGCAGCUGACACGCAUCUACCCCAGCGGGAUGCGGACUGACUCCUCCAACUACAGUCCCCAGGAGAUGUGGAACGUGGGGUGCCAGAUCGUGGCUCUGAACUUCCAGACGGCUGGCAUGGAGAUGGACCUGUGUGACGGGCUCUUCAGCCAGAACGGCCGCUGCGGCUAUGUGCUCAAACCACCCUUCAUGAGGGAUGAGGAGACUCUCUUCAACCCCAGUGACCCUGGCAGCUGGGAGGGCCCUGGCCCCAUCACCCUGACGAUCCAGGUGAUCAGCGGGCAGCAGCUGCCCAAAGUGGCCAACACUAAGGACGGAGCCGUCAUUGACCCGCUGGUGCGUGUGGAGAUCCAUGGGGUCCCUGCAGACCAGGCGCGCCAGGAGACCAAGUACAUUGAGAACAAUGGGUUUAACCCCCGCUGGGACGAGACACUCCAGUUCCAGCUCCACGUGCCUGAGCUGGCCCUCGUCCGCUUUGUGGUGGAGGAUUACGACAAGACGUCCAGGAAUGACUUCGUGGGCCAGUUCACCCUAGCUUUUACCAACAUCAAACCUGGCUACCGCCACAUCCAUCUUCUCUCCAAGGACGGCACCACCAUCCCGCCCUCUUCUCUCUUUGUCCACAUCCGCAUCACUGAGCCGCCUGGCCCUGAGCAGGACUGAGCUUGUGGGGCGAGUAGGACCUGGAUGGAAGCCAUACAGCCAGCCUCGAGCGGCUGGGGCCACGGAGCCAACCACAUUGCCCUCUCGUUGAGCCGUUUGUGUCGUCCCUGUGUCAUCGUCACUGCUGUGCCCCCCUUUGCAGUGGCCUCCAAGGGCUGGGAAAAGGCACUGACCUCCCCUUCUCAGGUUCAGGAUGCUGCCUCCCACGCCUGAGCUUGGGGUCUGUGCUGGUGCACCCCCUGCACCCCCCAUGUGCAUUCUGCCCUGGCCCACGGGCACAGCUUGGCUGCGGGGAGGAGGACAGAUGGUGUGCACCCCCCUGGCUCUGCCACACAGGCUGGUCCCCUGCAGCCAGGGGAGCACGGCUGGAGCCGAGCAAACCCCAGGGCUGGGCAGAGCUGGGAGAGGAGUCAGUCCUCACUGCCCCCUGACCCUAUAGAGCCCCAUCACAGCCCCUGGCCCCUACAAACCCUCGCCAUGUCCCUUCUCUGUAAGCAACCUAAUAAAUUGUUUGGUGACGGGCAGGCUUGGGUCUGGGUGCAAUGGUGCUGGGGAGAGACUGGGAGCUGGGCUUGUCCUUGCCCUCUUUCCCUGUGGGCACCUGGCCCACUGCUCACACAGGGCUACAAACAGCCCCAAGAAACAGUAUUAAAAGGAGCUGAGAGA